GUCUGGUUCGUCAGAGUACUCAAGCUUAGAAUUGAUUGAGAGUCGUCCUCACGGCGUCAUUGUUCAGCAUUAACGAACUACGAGCAAAGGAACAACUCAGAAAAAGCAGGCAAAGCAAGAAAAAGAGUCAGCAGGUAGACACGAGGCCAGUAUACGCCAACAGAAAUGUCGACCCACGCUUCCACAGAAGAGGACAAUCAGGAACAAACAUUCAACUUACUCUCCCAAAUCGUCCUCUCCCGACAUUCCAUCCGCCGCUUCACCUCCGACCCCGUCCCACCAGCGCUCCUACACUCCUGCCUCUCCCUCGCCCAACACGCCCCCUCCAACUCCAACAUCCAAAACUGGCGCCUCCACCUCGCAACCAACACCGCACGCGACCGCAUAGUCUCCACCCUAAGCUCCCACGCCUCAACCCACGGCCCCAACAUCCCACCCAUCCCCCCAAAGUUCACCCACUACCGCUCCACCUUCGGCCAAAUCCUCUACGGCCCCCAAGGCUACAACAUUCCGCGCUCAGAAAAGACAGCGCACCGCUCUGCCCAACUACGAAACUUCUCCUUCUUCGAUGCCCCGGUCGUAGGCAUAAUCACACAGGACAAGAUCCUCGGACUAGUAGAUGCCUUGUGCGUAGGCUUGUACAUCAAUACUUUGAUCCUAGCACUUACUGCAAAAGGGCUGGGAAGCUGUUUACAGAUCUCCGUGACGGGGUUUCCGGAAGUUUUGAGGCAGGAGUUCCAACUUGACGAGGAUCAGGAGAUUUUGUGCGGUAUUGCGAUCGGGUGGCCGGAUAAGCAGGAUCGUAUCAACGAUCUGGAUGUUCCCAGAGAGGAUGUGGAGACUUGUGUGAGGAUCUUGGACAGUUGAUGAGAUGCCACGACAGUGUGUGCAUUUCGGAGCCGAAUUGAUUUUGAGGGAUACGCAAGAAGCGUGCGUGAUUUCGAGACAUGGUUUGGGAACACGCGAGUCGGGGUUGUCAAAGCAAUCCUUGGAGACAUGCUGGGAAGGUCUGAGUAGUGCUAUCUAUAUAGGGAGGGUUAUGAUCGGCUGUAUUGCGGCACAG